GCGAAAGCGAACCUACAACGGUUAGACCCGAAGGUGCAGAAAUGUCGAUCUUUUCUCCUCGAAACAUAUUAAGCGUAUCUUCAUACAGGAUUAGCAGAUAUUGCUGAAAUGCUUGCCGAACCCGAACCCGAACCCGAACCUCCAGAAUAUGCGCGCGUUUUUCAGCCGAUGGUAGAGACGCUGAGAUCACGGCUGCAGCAAGGGAGCGAGUACAUACUAUACACGCAGCUGGCGUCACAACUUGCCUCAGAGGUUCCAUGGAUCUACAAAGAAAUCGGCCACUCAAGCUUCAAGAAAUACGUUCUAUUAGCGCAUGAAGCUGAAAUCAUACAGUACGAGGAUGAGAACAAGCUUCUACCAAAGCGUAUGGUCGGCCUGCAUCCUCGACUACGUUGAUCGCCCGGGCAUGUCUCUUGUAUAAGAUUAAUGGCAAUAGCUGAUGUAUUAACUUUCAAGCCCAGUAUGAGCAGGACAGAGACAAGCCCGCGUGAACAUGCAUAUCCAGAUUAGGGUACGGCUC